AUGGUGUUGCCACGAGGCUUCCGGUUCGUUCCUUCCGAUGGAGACCUAAUUUACUUUCUCAACGAGAAGGUGAACGCUGGACAAACAACAUGUGAGCUCUUGGGAGAAUGUGACAUGUACGGAAACAGAGAACCUUGGGAGAUAUGGAACGACAAUGGCGGUCUCAGCGUGCAGAAGGGAGAGGAUCUUUACCUGUUUACCAAGCUAAAGAAGGUGUCCGUCAAUGGUAAAAGGAUUAAUAGGCGUGUGGGAUCGGGUACGUGGUCUGGUGCAAACUGCGGUGAACUGGUGGACGGGGUUGGUGAGAAGAGACACUUUCGGUAUGAGAAUAAUGGAGGACGUGACCACGGUGCAUGGAUCAUGCACGAAUACAGCCUUCUUCAUAAUAAUCAUGGUGAUCAUGGCGAUGAUGAGUAUGUUUUGUGUCGGCUUCGAAGGAAAAUGAGUGAGGCAAGAGAACAAAAGAGGAGGAAGUUGAUGAAUAAUAGUAAUAUUAUUAUUCAUAAAGAAGAUGAUCAGAUUCAUCUACAAUCUCAUGAUCAUGAUUAUCAUCAUCAAUCUGAUCAUGUCCAACAAGCCGUAGCACAAGUAGUACUGGAAGAGCAAACUAAUAAUGGCGGUUUGAUGAUCAAGAACAAUGAUAAUAAUGAUCCAAAUUCUGAUGAACUAUUGGACUACUACUUGAAACUGGAUGAACAAGAAAAGUGGUCUUUAUCCUUAUCAUCGUCAUCAUCAUCGAAUACUGGUGGAGGAGCUGCUGCUUACCAUAUGAAUAAUAUUAUUCAAGCCGAGCAACAAAAUGAUCAACAACUCGGAUAUUAUGAUAAUAAUAGUAAUAAUCCAAUUGGCUUUGAUGAUUUGAUUGAUUUAGGAGUUGUGUUCGAGAAUAUUGAUGAUGAAUUGACGGAAAUAAUGAAAUGCGAUGAGGUUCGUGUUCAUAAAAAAUCAUCGUCACCGUCAUCAACUGGUGGAGCAGAAAUAAAUAAUAAUCAAUUAAUACUGGAAGAUCAAGAAGGUGGUCAACAAGACAAGCCUACUAAUUAUUAUAAUAGCAAUACUGAUUAUGUGGUACAACUUGAAGAUGAUCAUCAGGAUGAUGAAGCGCUAGAUCAUAAAUUAGUGAAAGAGCUUGAAGAUCUUUUGGAAUUGGAAAUUGACCAUGGUGAUCAUGAUUUGAUGGAAAUUAGCAGUGAGGAUUUCCAAGCUCAUAUGGAUCAUCAUCAUCAUCAAGCUAAAAUGAAUUAUAAUCAAUUAUUGGAAGAUGAAGAAGUUCAAUAUGACAAGGCUACUGAUAAGAGUAAUACUACUGCGGCAGUAGGGGAAGAUGAGGAUGGAGCGCUUGAUAAAUUUGCUGAAAAGCUCGAAGAUAUUUUGGAAUUGGAAAUUGAUCCCGAUUUCAUGGAAAUCAAUCAAGCUAAUGUGGAUCAUAAUCAUCAUCAAGUAGAAGGAGAUCAACAACAACACAUUAUUAAUGAAGCAGCGGAUCGCCAAGUACUGGAAAUUGAAGAUGAUAAUAUUAAUAAUAUUGAUGGAAUGUCCUUUGCACAAGACCUGCAAAAUAUUCCACUCUAUUUUGCACCACUGCCGCCUGAUGAUCAGAUAGAGGAUAUUUUAGUUGAUCUCUUUAAUUUCUAA